GCCAGACCUCCAUCUCCCUCCCCAGCAGAGAGGAGCGACGAGAGGAGAGACGAGAGGAGCGCUGUCCGCCUGGGAUUACUUCUUCUUGGACGCACUGCAUGGUGUGGACAAAGCAGGAGCAGCACACACACACACACACACACACUUCAGUCCAGCUCCCUACCUCGGGGCCAGGCUUGUUUUCCCCCCCUUCUUCACUGCAUUGGGAACUACAGUUCUUUCCGUGCGGGGGCCAUGGGGCUGGCCAGCAGAGCUGUGGGGACGCUGGAGGUUUGGAGAGGUGCACCGCUCCCCUCUCUGUGGAGGAUAGCACUGCUCUGUCUCUGCGUCUGGGAGAUGGAUGCACAAACCGCAGUGGAAACUAAACCAGUGUACAUCUGGCAAACAGGUCCAUGGGGUCGUUGUAUGGGCAGUGAGUGUGGACCCGGCGGCAGCCAGAGCAGGGCGGUAUGGUGUGCCCACUCUGAAGGCUGGACCACCCUGCACACCAACUGCGACCAGACAGAACGUCCGGACAACCAGCAGAGCUGCUUCAGAGUGUGCGACUGGCACAAAGAUCUGUACGACUGGCAGCUGGGUGCCUGGAAUCAGUGUGUCCCGGUAUCGAUGCGCAGUGCUGGGGUGCAGCGCCCCACUGUGUGCACCCGGGGAGAGGAGGGCAUCCAGACCCGUGAGGUGGGCUGUGUCCAGAAAGCGGACGGCGAGCCUGCAGAGGAUGCAAUCUGUGAAUACUUUGAGCCCAAACCACGCCUAGAGCAGGCCUGUCUUAUCCCCUGUCCACGGGACUGUGUUGUAUCUGAGUUCAGCCUGUGGACUCAAUGUUCUAAAACCUGUGGGAUGGGCUUACAGAACCGGAUCCGGUUCGUUCUGGCUCCGCCACUGUUUGGUGGGUCAGCCUGCCCAAACUUGACCGAGUUUCAGACAUGCCAGCCAGGGUCUUGUGAGGGAGAGGAGAGCCUCUACAGCCUCAGGGUGGGGCCCUGGGGGCUCUGCUCGGCCCCGAUGCCAAGGCAAGCCAGACAAGCUGAGAAACCACCCAGAGAGAGUGAUAAACCAUCCAAGGAAAGUGAGAAACCUUCAAAAGAGGGUGACAAACAGUCCAGAGAGGGUAUCAAACUGACCAGUGAGGGCGAGAAACCGAGCAGAGAGGGUGACAAACAGCACAAAGAAGGAGACAAAAAGUCUAAAGAGGGCGAUAAACUGUCCAAAGAUGGACACAAACCAUCCAGACCCAACAGAAAACUGGGCAGGGCAAACAGGAAACCAGACAGGCCAUCCCGACAGGCAGACAGGUCCAAACGUCAGAAAAAGGCUAAAAACAAAGAGAAAAAAGAAAAGAUGAGAGAGAAAGUCCGAGAGAGGUUAAGGGAGAGGGGUAAGGUGAAGGAUCCCGAGACCAGAGAACUCAUCAAGAAGAAGAGAAACAAAAACCGUCAGAACCGGCCGGGAGGAAAGUUCUGGGACCUGAUGGUUGGCUACCAGACCCGAGAAGUGUCCUGUGUGCAUAAGAGCGGGAACGUUGAAGCUCUCAGCCUGUGCUCUCAGGAGUUGCUGCCCGUGACCUUCCAGGCCUGCGUCAUGACCAAAGACUGUGAUGUCACUGAGUGGUCUGAAUGGUCGGCGUGCUCCAAGGAGUGCUACGACCCCAACGGGCCCAACGGGGAGCGCGCUCGCACCAGGAAAGUCAGCCAGUUCCCAAUUGAUGGAGGAGCAGAUUGUCCGGAGUUGGAGGAGAAGGAGUCCUGCAGUCCUCAGGGAGAUGGCGUGCCACCCUGCAUCGCCUACAGCUGGAAGACCACAGAGUGGACCGAGUGCAGGGUGGACGUGCUGCUGAGCCAGCAGGACCGCCGGCGUGGAAACCAGACGGGCUUGUGUGGAGGCGGGAUCCAGACUCGAGAGGUCUACUGUGUGCAGACCAGUACUGAUGCCCCCCCCAACCUCAGCUCACUCAGGAGCAGAGAAGCAUUGCGACCAAUGAACAGUGAUCUGUGUCUGGGGAUCCUCCCGAACACCACCUUGCUCUGCCACAUCAGCUGUCCUGUUGAGUGUGAGGUGUCUUCGUGGAGCGCCUGGGGACCGUGCACGUUUGAGAACUGCCAGGACCAGGCAGCCAGAAAAGGCUUCAAACUGAGGAAGAGGAGGAUCGCCAAUGAGCCGACGGGUGGGACGGGCAACUGCCCCCAUCUGGUGGAGGCGAUACCGUGCGAAGAGCCCAGCUGCUACGACUGGCUGGUGGCGACGCUGGAGGAGUGCAUCCCCGACAAUGAGAAGCUGUGUGGACCCGGAACCCAGAUCCCACAAGUGCAGUGUGUCAAUAGUGAAGGUGGAUACGUGGAGAGGCAGCUCUGCCGCGAUGCCAUCCUGCCCAUGCCGGCCAUCUGUGAGGUGCCCUGCCCGAAGGACUGUGCCCUGAGCCCCUGGACCUCCUGGUCUCUGUGCUCACACACCUGCUCGGGGAAGAACACGGAGGGCAAGCAGACCAGAGCUCGCUCCAUCCUCGCCUACAAUGCAGGAGAAGGUGGAAUCCAGUGUCCCAACAUCAGCGCCCUGCAGGAGGGGCGGAGCUGCAAUGAGCACCCCUGCACCGUGUACCACUGGCAGACCGGCCCGUGGGGGCAGUGCAUAGAGGACUCCUCCAUCCCGGCCACCAACACGUCUGUGGGCCGGGCGCGCGGCGACGAGGCCUCCUGCUCAGUCGGGAUGCAAACCCGCAAGGUCAUCUGUGUCCGGGUCAACGUGGGCCAGGUUCCUCCGAAAAAGUGUCCGGAGAGUGUGCGCCCCGACACCGUGCGGCCCUGCCUGCUGCCCUGCAGGAGAGACUGCACGGUGACCCCGUACAGCGACUGGAGCGCCUGUCCUGCAACAUGUCGAGCAGUAGGUGGGAACACCAAGAAGAAGCAGAACAGGAAACGUAUCAUCAUCCAGUUACCAGCCAAUGGGGGACAGGACUGUCCGGAGGUGCUGAGCCAGGACAGAGAGUGUGAGGCUCCGUCCGGGUGCCGAGGACACAGAUGGAAAACACACAAGUGGCGGCGCUGCCAGCUAGUCCCCUGGUCCGUGCGUCAGGACAGCGUCGGAGCUCAGGAGGCCUGCGGGCCGGGUCUGCAGGUCCGAGCUGUUUCAUGCCGCAAGCAGGAUGGUGGGCAGGCAGACGUUGAGGCUUGUCUUAAGUUUGCCAGCUCCAUGCCGCCUCUCACACACCCCUGCCAGCUGCCCUGUCAGGAAGACUGUCAACUCAGCAGCUGGUCCAAGUUCUCCUCCUGCACAGCCGACUGUGUGGGCGUCCGGACCCGCAAGAGGCUGCUCGUCGGGAAGAGUAAAAAGCGUGACCAGUGUAAAAACAACCAGAUGUAUCCACUGAGCGAGACGCAGUACUGCCCGUGCAACAAAUACAACGCGCAGCCUGUGGGCAACUGGUCAGACUGUGUGCUGCCGGAGGGCGGCCGCCUGGAGGGUCAACUGGGCAUGAAGGUCCAAGGAGACAUCAAGGAGUGUGGGCAAGGAUACCGGUUCCAGGCCAUGGUGUGCUACGACCAGGACAACCGCAUCGUGGAGACGUCUCGCUGCAACAGUCAUGGGUACAUCGAGGAGGCGUGCAUCAUCCCCUGUCCCUCCGACUGCAAACUGAGCGAGUGGUCCAACUGGUCACGCUGCAGCAAGUCGUGCGGCAGCGGAGUCAAAGUCCGCUCCAAGUGGCUGAGAGAAAAGCCUUACAACGGAGGGAGACCGUGUCCUAAACUGGACCACGUCAACCAGGCUCAGGUGUAUGAGGUGGUGCCGUGCCUCAGUGACUGUGGGCAGUAUGUGUGGGUGGCAGAGCCCUGGAGUGUGUGGAAGGUCAGCACUGUGGACCUGAAGGAUAACUGUGGGGAAGGUGUGCAGACCAGGAAAGUGAGGUGUAUGCUGAACACCAUCGACGGGCCCUCGGAGCAGGUGGAGGACUACCUGUGUGAUCCGGAGGAGAUGCCUAUGGGCGCCCGCAACAGCCGGCUGCCCUGCCCCGAGGACUGUGUGUUGUCAGACUGGGCCGCCUGGAGCUCGUGUCCUCUGCCCUGCAGUGGGAACAGUUCUCGAGAGAGGACUGCUUACCCGCUCCGGCAGCCUGGAGAGCAGAAGGACUGUCCUCCGACUGCAGAGACAGAGCUCUGCAAACUCAACAGCAACUGCUUCCACUACUCGUACAACAUCACCGAUUGGAGCACAUGUCAGCUCAGUGAGAGAGCCGUGUGCGGAAAUGGCAUCAAAACCCGCAUGUUGGACUGUGUGAGGAGCGACGGCAAAUCUGUGGACCUGAAGUUCUGUAAAGAGCUGGGCCUGGAGAGGAAGUGGCAGAUGAAUGCUUCCUGUGUCGUGGAGUGUCCCGUCAACUGCCAGCUGUCUGAUUGGUCCAUGUGGUCUGAGUGCACCCACACCUGUGGGCUGGCAGGCAAGCUGUGGAGGAGGCGGACAGUGAUUCAGGCUCCCCAGGGCGACGGGAGGCCCUGUGCUUCCCAGAUGGAGCAGUGGAAGCCCUGUCUGGUGAAGCCCUGCUACAGCUGGAGAUACGACGCCUGGUCGGACUGCAAGUCUGAGGGGGCGAGGUGUGGAGAAGGCCUGCGCUUCAGAAAUGUGUCGUGCUUUGUGUCGGACGGUUCAGGUCAGAAGGAAAGCAGCCUGGUGGAUGAAGAGCUGUGUGGAGAUCUGGAGCCCACAGUGGACGGAGAUUCACACAUCGUUCUGCAGGAACCCUGCACGGUACCCUGUCCGGGAGAAUGCUACCUGACAGACUGGACGGUUUGGAGCCCGUGCCAGCUGAGCUGCGUGGGUGGGGAUGACCUGGGUUUCGGCUCAGUCCAGGUCCGAUCCAGAGCCGUGGUUGCCCAAGAUCCCGAGAACCUGCUGCAGUGUCCAGAACAAGAGCUGGAGGCUCGGCCGUGUACAGAGGGUCAGUGUUUUGAUUACAAGUGGAGGACUGGACCAUGGAGGGGUUCAUCUCGCCAAGUCUGGUGUCAGCGCUCAGAUGGACUAAAUGUCACAGGUGGAUGUCCGGGGACCGCCAAGCCGAUAUCUGACCGAUCGUGUGACCCGCCCUGCACCAAGCCACGCUCCCUGUGCACAGAGGCGGGCGUGUGCGGCUGUGAGGAGGGCUACACUGAAGUCAUGACGUCUGACGACCUGCUGGACCAGUGCACCGUCAUCCCGGUGCUGGAGAUCCCCACCGCAGGAGACAACCGGGCCGACGUGAAGACCAUCCGAGGCUUCAACCCCACCCUGCCUGCAGCCAGCUCCCCGGGCCGGGCCGGCCGCACCUGGUUCCUGCAGCCCUUCGGCCCAGAUGGGAAGCUGAAGACCUGGGUGUAUGGAGUCGCAGCAGGAGCGUUCGUCCUGCUCGUCUUCAUCAUCUCCAUGACGUACUUAGCUUGCAAGAAGCCAAAGAAGCCGCAACGCCGGCAGAUGAACAACAGACUGAAGCCUCUGACUCUGGCCUACGACGGAGACGCCGACAUGUAGACGUGUCCCCGCCGGCCUCAGUGACCUACAGACAUUCGUCCUGCUGCAGGACACGCAGGGCUGCUAUGGAACCCCUGAAUGUAAGGGCUGCCACCAGGCGUCACCUUCACGUGGACGCCCGGAAGAGAAACCUCAAAGUCACCAGAAUCAUGUCCAUCAGCAGCCUCGAGGUUGCCGCCCCCCUUUUUUUAAAUGUCCAUUUUGAUACUUUCCGUUUCACGAGAGCCUUCAUGAAUUCUUUACCUUCUUCUGGAAGUUUGCCUUUUGCUUCUCUGCCAUCUACUACUGCCGGUACCAUCCUCACCGCGGCCGUCGCAGAGGGUCGCCCCUCAACAAACAUUUUGCUCUCGAAGCACAAAUCUCCAUUUUGUAUUUUUCUUAAUUUGGCCACGGCCGAGCGGAUCGUCUCACGAGGUCAUUCUUUGUCGUGGCCUGAGUGUCGUGAGAAAAGAAAAGCAGACGACAGCCUCUGUCACCUCCGCCUUCCUCGCCCGUCUCCGUCUUCAGGCAUAACUUCGCACUAUAUUAGUGCAGCAUGAUCUGUACGUACGUCCAGCUUCGCCACAGGAAACUGCCUCUCCACACAAGAUGCUGACAGUCUUGUGCUAGAAAUGUAAAGAAGUCGACUUUUUUUGCAAACUGAACUCAACAAUGUUAAUAUUUUUCUUCUAUUGCGUGUGAAACGAUGGGACUCGAUGUGAAGACGAUUUGUUUUGUGGUCUCGACUUUACCUGCGUAGUUUGUACAGCGACGUCCAGCCUGAGUUAUUUAUUCUGAGCGGCUGAAGAUCUCUUACUUUGUACAUUAUUGAUAUUACUGUCAUGGACUGCAGGAGACACACACACACACACACACACACACACACACACACACACACACACACCCUUUAUUACCUUAUUAAAUAGUCGAAUAUUUAGGUUUGUUCUGGAUGAAUCAGAGAAACUUGAAGCUUCAGGAUUCAGAGAUGAAAUAAAACUGACCUGCAUCUCAGAAUCAUUUCUUUCUUACUGAAAAUACUUUUAAAUUCUCAGCUUUAGUUCUUGGUGUGCGUGUCUGUAGUUUGGACGCAAUGCAGGAAGUGACACAACAUCUUGUGACCUCCACUGAGCAGUAUCUCCUCCACCUGGAACUCCUCCUGGAGCUUCAGGUGGAGGAGAUGCUGCUCCUCCUGGAGCUUCAGGUGGAGGAGAUGCUGCUCCUCCUGGAGCUUCAGGUGGAGGAGAUGCUGCUCCUCCUGGAGCUUCAGGUGGAGGAGAUGCUGCGCCACCUGGAGCUUCAGGAGCCGGAUGUUUUCAGUUGCUUCACGCAGAGCUUUGAACUCGUCUUCUCAUCUUUUAACCAAUGAAUAUUUAUUGACACCUUCAGGGUGUAAAACUGAGACGUAUUUGACAGACGAGGCCAGAAUCCUGAUUCAUAAACGACAAAUAAUAACUUUAUGGAUAUUUUAUUCAUUCUUAAAUGAUCAUUUUUGAUGAUGUUUAUCUUCAAUAAGUCAUCAGCUGUUUGGUUACAAAUGUUAGUUUUGUUGUUUUUUUUACAACAAUCCAUGAAUCCGUUAUUAAUAACACAUCCAGUCCAGUCUUCGUAUUUAUUGGCAUGUAUUUAAGUCCCGUCGACGUGAACAGAACUUUAUUGAUCAGUCUGAGACAUCACAGCCGUUUAAUAUUCUGUGGAGUUUGUUGCUAGGAAUGUUUAAUUUAUAUCUCUUGGAAUAUGAGUUGUAAAUAAAGUGCUAAAUAUUUCUUUUUUUUAUUUAUUGUUCAUGUAUCAUAAAGUGUUUCCUUUUUUUACUGCACAAAAUGUUAUGCAAAAAAGAACAAAAAAAGUGGAGGCGUGAAUAUGGGUGUGCUAAAAGCGAAAUUGAAACUUGUGUUAAACAAUGUCGCUGAUGAACUCUGUCCUUUUCCUACUGUUUGUUUUUAUGUAUUUGACUAAUUGCUGAUAAUAAACAAGGGAAAUAUU